AUGGACAGCUUCGACCUCCUCGUCAUCAACGGUCUGGUGGUGACGGCGUCAGACACUGCCAACUACGACAUCGCCAUCAAAAAUGGCAAGAUCGCGCUGCUGGCUCCUCCAGGAGUCCUGGACGUGAAAAGCGCGAAGAGGGUCAUUGACGCUGAGGGCGGAUAUGUUAUGCCCGGUGGCAUCGAUUGCCAUGUCCACCUUGAAGAACCGGCCCUGUUUGGAGGGAAGGGGAGGAGUUCUGACAACUUCGAGACCGGGACAAGGAGCAGCAUUUGUGGCGGGACAACAACAAUUGUAGCCUUUGCUCCUCAGCCCAAAACCGAACCCUCUCUCCUUCAGGUCCUCGAAGACACUCAUGCCAGAGCCGAGGGCAAUUGCUAUACCGACUACUCGUUCCACCUGCUCGUGGGCCAUCCGGGCGAGCAAGCACUGUCGGAAUUCCCACGCCUUCGCGAACUCGGCAUCUCCUCGCUCAAAAUCUACAUGACCUAUGCGGCGUUGCAACUGCGCGAUGACCAGAUCUUGGAUGUGUUGCUGGCCUCGAGAAGAGAAGGAAUUACAACCAUGAUCCAUGCCGAGAAUGGCGACGUGCUCAACUGGAUGACGAAAAAGUUGGAGGAGAGACAAUUGUUCGCACCCAAAUACCACGCAACUUCGCGCCCGCAGAUUGUCGAGACCGAGGCCACAAAUCGUGCCAUUGCCCUGGCUGAGUUGAUCGAUGCGCCCAUCCUUGUUGUCCACGUCUCUUCCCCCAGCGCCGCGGCUCACCUUCGAAACGCCCAGACGCGCGGACUCCCCGUCUAUGCUGAGACAUGCCCGCAGUACCUCUUCCUGACCCGAGCGGAUCUGGACAAACCCGAUUUCGAAGGUGCAAAGUGUGUCUGCUCUCCACCUCCUCGCGAGUCAGCCAACGAUCAUGAUGCCAUCUGGCUAGGGCUCGCCAAUGGAACUUUCACCGUUCUAUCCUCGGACCACUGUCCGUUCAUGUUUGAUGACUAUGAGAAGGGCAAGAAAUCCAUCAUCAGCACAGAGUAUCCGGAGGGGCGAUUUAGCGGCAUUCCGAAUGGCUGCCCAGGUGUCGAGACCCGACUGGCCCUCACCUUGAGUGCCAACCGGCUCCCUCUGCAGAAAUUCGUCGAAGUGACCAGCACAAAUGCUGCGCGGUUGUAUGGGCUGUAUCCUCAGAAGGGUGCCAUCUUGCCAGGGGUCAGCGACGCCGACUUGACAAUCUGGUAUCCUCCUGGGAAAUUGGGCACUUUCAACCUCACAAACUCCAUGCUCCAUCACAAUGUCGACUACACUCCAUUCGAAGGUAUGGAACUAAACCAGUGGCCCAGGUACACCCUUUUGCGAGGCGAGGUGGUUUGGGACAGGGACGGAGGUGGCUUGCUGGGUAAGAAGGGCUGUGGCAAGUUCGUGGCACGGGGGAAGAGCACCCUCCCUGGGCCUACCAGAGAAGGAGAGUGGGACGUUAGUACAUUUUGA